AUGGCAGAGGAGGAACGCACCAGAAUACAGGUUUUUAGACCUACCUGGGAAGAGUUCAAAAAUUUCUCAAAGUACAUCGAGUACAUCGAAUCGCAAGGAGCACACCGGGCCGGCCUAGCCAAGAUAAUACCGCCACCAGAAUGGAUCCCACGGAAAAAAGGAUACGAUUUGGAGGGAAUCGACUUGACCAUCCCGGCACCCAUUUGCCAGGUUGUGGCCGGCAAACUGGGGCUCUAUCAGCAGAUCAACAUACAGAAGAACCCGCUCACGGUGUCACAGUUCGCCGAGCUGGCCAACACGGAGCGGUACACCACACCAAAGCACUUUGAUUUCGAAGACUUGGAGCGAAAGUACUGGAAAAACAUAACCUAUGUUGCCCCGAUCUAUGGUGCAGAUGUUUGCGGAAGUAUUACCGAUACGGAUUGUGAUGUUUGGAACAUUAAUCGCCUGGGAACGAUUUUGGACUACGUCAACGCGGAUUACGGUAUAUCGAUCGAGGGUGUGAACACGGCGUACCUUUACUUCGGCAUGUGGAAAACCACAUUCGCCUGGCACACCGAGGACAUGGACCUGUACUCGAUCAACUACCUGCACUUCGGGGCACCGAAAACGUGGUACGCCGUGCCGCCGGAGCACGGCACGAAGCUGGAAAAGCUGGCCAACAGUAUGUUUCCGGCCAGCAACAAAAGCUGUUCGGCCUUUCUGCGCCACAAGAUGACCCUCAUCAGUCCGCAGAUUCUCAAGCAACACAACAUUCCAUUCGACAAGAUCACACAGGAGCAGAACGAAAUCAUGAUCACGUUCCCAUUUGGGUACCAUGCCGGGUUCAAUCAUGGGUUCAACUGUGCCGAGUCGACCAACUUCGCGAUGCCUCGGUGGGUCGAGUACGGCAAGCGGGCCACGCAGUGCUACUGUCGUUCGGAUAUGGUGAAAAUUUCGAUGGACACGUUCGUGAAGCGCUUUCAGCCGGAAAACUACGACGCCUGGAUGAACGGUACGGACUUUGGGCCCCACCCGGAGGACGCGACGCGCGUGGUGGGCCCUCCGCCGCGGUACAUUGAGGAAGACGAGGGCAUCGAGUCGUUCUCGGAAGAGGGCGAUCUGACGCCGAUGAAGCGGGCAUGCAACGCGGUGGUCUGCAUUCCGAAGCUGUCGUUCAAAGAGAAAAAUCCCGAUCUCGAUCUGAACGACAUCCAGAACAACCCGCACCUGUCGGACGAGAUCAAGCAGUCCCUGUUCAUGACCGGUGACGAGUACGAUUCCGAGGCCGAAGAGCACAAGACCGAGAACGAGGCGACACCGACACCGGCGGAGCCGCCAAAGUUUAAGACCUCAUCGUACGAUCCAUUCGACGACGACGACGAUGAUGACGAAGACAGUUCGUCGAAGAAGGGUAAAAAGAACCGCCGGAGGAAGGUGUCGAGCGACUACGAUGACGAUUGGUACGAGACCACCCGGGGUCGGUCCAAGUCCCGCCGCAAGGGUGGGGCCAGCAGACGGGGGAAGCAAGCGGUGGACGAAUCGGGAGGCCUCAAAAGUAUUUCGAACGAUCCGGCCCGGAAAGCCGAGCUGGAAGCCAAAAAGAAGGAACGCGAUCUGGCCAAAGAGAUCCGCCAGCAGCAGAUGUUGGAGAGGAAGCGACUGAGGGAAGAGGAGCAACUGCGAAAGCGCCUCGUCCAGGAGCGGCUGAAGCGUGAAGCGAUCGAGCGGCACAAACUGCAUUCGCGGCCGAGUUCACUUUGGAAUCAGGACCUCCCGGGGAUUGCUACUGAUCCGUUAGACGUUUUUAUUAAGGUGCGAACCUACCCGGGUAAAAACCCGCUACAUAAGGCGCAACCAUCGGCCGGGACCAGUACCAUGCCAUCUUUAUCGUCGGCCAACGUGAUAAACAUACCAAGACCCGCACCGUCGAUUUCGGCCAAUGUGAUAAACAUACCACGACGACCACCGCCGUCGACUAGUUCCUGUGGAAGUUUCAAUUCCAGCUUCUAUAUGCCACCGGUGGUGAAGGUAUCGUCUGGCUACGGUCAUCCGCGAUUCGUGUCCAACAACCCAAAUUCAUUCACACGCCCGCCGGUGGUCCCGAUUAGCGGUGGCCCGGUUAGAACGGUUUACAGUGCACCGGUUGUCCGAAUUAAUCCCACCUUUGGCCCCAGCGGAACCACUUCCAGUUAUUACAAACCGACCGUUUAUGCCGGCGGGAACGGCGGUACCGUUGGUGGAAACAUUCCCAUGGCCCACGGGAGCAAAGUAGUGCCACCAUCGCUUUCCUACCUACUUCCAGCGGCGCAAAAACCUUCACCCGAACUGUUCGAAAAGCGCGAUUUCUCUACCGAAUUUCAUAACUUCAUCGAACAACAGAACUCAGAAGCCACCCUCGUUGAGAGUGGUCCCAGUAAAAAGCCGUCAGACACCGGAGGGACAACCCUAGACUUGCGGAUUCCGUCAGUAAAGCAAGAGCCGCCGUCGGUCGGUAAUGAUGGACGAUCGUUGCUGCGGCCGGUACUUAAAGCUACCUACAAACCAAAGGUACCGCCUACGGCCAGCGUCACACCGAUAAGGCAGAUGGUGCCCGACGGUUCGCUGUUUCCCGAGACCAUUGCGCGGGGCGUGUCAAACGGGGUGCCAUCUUCUCCUGACCCUGCAGUACCGGUACCACGGUUAGUGCCAAUACAGCAAACAUCCCAAUUGGUGGCUCGGUUACUGGCACCACACAAACUGGCCAAGGAAGUCCCCGUAGCACCAGCACAGUAUUUAAUCGGUUCGUGGCAGUCACACAGUGCCACACAGUCCGUUCUCGAUAAUCGACCACAGUACAGUGGCGCGGUCCGGACCGUCGCCGAACCGAGUGCCGGUACCGUAGAAUAUACUCGAUCACAGUAUAAUGACGUUGUCCAAACCGUCGACGAACCGAGUACGAUCUUCUCAACGAUCUUGAGCGCCUUCGAAUGGCCAUCAACGAUUGGCCCAACUUCCUCCAGCUAA